ACGCCGUUUCUAUAGUAACCGGCGUUCGGCGUCCAUCGUGGAGUUAGAACACAGAGAGCUGUAGCUGGGGGCAUAAAAUGACAUCACUAACUUCUCCAAGAGGAAGGGAAGAAAUUGUCCAUUGCAGAAGAACAGAAUCACAAGAUAUUUACUGUAUUAGAUCUCUCAUCAGAAAAUUUACAGAAAAUCUUUUUGGGAGGAUUAAUAUCAUUUAUCUUCUAGAAAAAGCAAAUCUUGCAAUUACCCUCUGCAAUGAAAGGGAGGAGAUUAUGGCCCAGGCUACUUUUGUGGACUAUCCCAACUGGAAUUUUGUCAAACAGGAUGAGUGGUUAACAGUUUUCCAUGAACUUGAUGUGAGACUCCAAUGCACACCACUGAAUACAUUGUUUAUGCAUCUUUUUGUGGCUGUUGACGAGUAUGCCAUUGGCUGUUGUCAAGAAAUUAUGAGGACAGUUUUCAAGGCAGUGCCAGAUCUUCAUUUCAUAUUUCUUAUUACUCCAUCCUAUAUGAGUUUAGGUUCGACUUUAGUAACUGUUUUUGACCCUGUUGGGUUAAUUCCAUGUUUUGCCAUUGAUGAAGAAUUUUCUGUGUCUGUCUGUCACAGACACUUCCAUUGCCCUCAGCUAUACAUUCGACAAGCCAGGGUAGAAGACCAUGAUGAUCUCAUGCCAAUUUUUUUGCGUCAUGAUACUUCUUUAAAAGAAAUCUAUGGUGAAUUUUUCCUUGCUGAGCUAAUAGAGGCCCAAGAUCAAGAGAAUUACUGUAUUGUAUGUGAGGACAGAGGCACUGCUGUGGGGUUUAUGAGUGUAUGCGCACAAGUGAACAUGGAACUACUACAUCAAUGCUUCGACUUGGGACCUUUUCAUGGACUUUGCAGACCACAUCCUGAUGAUAUUUUGAGUCCUGAGAAGCCGCCAAGUGUCCAUCCAAGUGAAAAUGCACUAGAGGAUGAAAGUGCGCAGACAAUUAAAAAAACAGAUGAAGAGUCAGUAGAACAAGAUAUACAUAGUCUGGAAGAAGAUGUUAAGGAAGAAGUCCUCUUUGAACAUCUGCCUGAACCUUCUUUGUCAACAAGUACAAGUGCUGCUCCCACUCAUGAAUCAUAUGAAGAGGAAAAAUCUGCUUCAGAAGUGUCACUUGAUGUUAUAAAAACAUCUCAAGUCAGCCUAACAAUUGAUGAUGAAGACUUUCGUCCUUUAUACAAAGGUGCUUCAUCUGCUUUCUGUAUCCAGCUGUUUUGUAUUGAUGACAAAUACGAAACAAGGUCACUGGAUUUUAUGCAGUUCGUUUUCAGCCUUUUUCCUAAUAAAGACUUCUGUGUUAUUUCUGUUCCUCAUCUCACACCUGAGUUUGUUCUAAUACAGAAUUUCACUAGAAUUGUUCCUUUUAAUACUUCCAUUCUUGAUAAUGAUCUCUAUGUUUUCCACCGUGCUGGAUUGCUCAAGUCAAUUAAUAUAAGGUUAGCAACUACCAAUGAUGUACCUGCUGUUGAAAAUCUCAUCAAAACACUUAAUCUGAGUCAAAGCAUACUAGAGGAUUUUGAAAAAUAUAAUACAGCACGAAGAGAUCCAGAUGGGACAAAAGUACAGACAUUUGUUGCUGAAAUUUUAAAUCAGAUAGUUGGGAUUUCGAUCAUCAGAGAUGAAAUGGAUAUCGAGUACAUACGUUCACAUUAUAACAUUGAAGAUUUUAUUUACUUUAGUCAUCAUCAACGAGAAGAACAUGGUCACAUAUACCAUUUUGUUUUAAAUCCCAUAUUCCAGCAUUAUACAAAAUAUUUUCUGAAGGAGAUCCUGCGCUUAAGCUUUAAAUCCUGCCUCUACUAUGUAAUUUACCCACAAUCAAGGGUAGGCAAGUUUCAGAAUCCCUAUGCCCAUUCCCUGACAUCUGCCCUUCAUUACUUGGUUCCCGUGCGACCAAGACGACAGAUUGUCUAUCCUCUGGAAGAGCUUGGCAUAAAUGCUCCAUCAAAGGAGGUCUCCAAGGAUCAGCCACCUUAUGCAUUGUACCACACAAAUAGAAAGCUAAUGCUAGAGCCCAAAGUGACUAUCAAUGCCAGAAUUGUGGUUGUCGGAGCAUCUAAUGUUGGAAUUUCUUUCUUAGAAACACUGAUUUUUUGCCCGCAUCUGAAGUUUAAUAACCUUACCCUGAUUUCGAUACAUGGACUUCCAGGAAGAAAUCUUAUGAACAUUGGAGAGAGGAAAUUUUUAGCAAGCGACCACUGUUUUAAUGAUAAAGAUUAUGCAUUGAUGUCACUUUGUUCCUGGGUUAAUGUUGUGGUUGGUAAAAUGAUUGGCAUAAACAGAGCUGCCAAGCACAUCCUCCUUUCCAAUGAAAAGAUAGUGCCAUAUGACCACCUCAUCCUCUGCACCGGGCAGCAAUACCAGGUCCCAUGUCCCACAGGAGCUGACAUCACUAAACUAUUGACUAACAGAGAGAUCAAGAAGGACAGCAAGCAAAGAUACACUGGCCAAAUCCCUUCUAAUCUUUUCACUCUCAAUGAUGAGGAAGAUUGCUUAAGGGCACUGAAAUGGAUAAAGGAGAACCUUAUUCCUUCAGAAGGGAAUGUCAUCAUCUAUGGGAAUACAAUUGACGUUUACACCACUAUCGAAACCCUCUUAUAUCUUGGAAUUAGUGGUGAUAGGAUACACAUGGUACAGCCUCCACUCAAUUCUAAUAUUACUUGCAUUAACAACUAUGAGGUGGAAAAUGCCAUUGAUGAAGCUUUGCUGGAAGCCAACGUGUCUCUUUACUCUGAGGCUAUUCUUGCACAAUGGAAUGAUGGUGAAGACCCUGAUCCCAUAACAUGUGCUUCCUUCACUACACCAACAAAACCUUUUAAAAUACAGUGUACAGCCUUCUUCAGUUUUUAUGAAAAGAAUGUGGAUUAUGAGACUUUCAAAGCACUUAAUGAUUCAUGUCUUGUCUAUGAUGGAAGACUUGUGAUUGAUACCACUUUUCACACAAAUGAUAUAACCAUCCGAGCUGCAGGUCCUCUCACCAAGUUCUCCAAUAGAUAUUAUGCAAAUGAAUGGACACACAGUAGCUUCAGUUCAAAAGAAGUUGGCUUCCAGCUUGCUGCUACCAUGCUGAAUCUCUUUGAUCCAACUCUGGAGCCAGUAAUUGAGCCACCAGGGGACCUGGAUAGACUUAUUCCUAUAUAUAAAGGAGCUAAGAUUAAAGGUGGUCUUCUUCCUGGACCAUAUUAUUACUUGCAUGUUGCCAAACCAAUGAUUCCUACUCCCUUGGAUGUACAAAUUGCUCAGGCUGACUUUGGUUUACAAAUAAUAACAGGCAAAGCAAAAACAGGAGAUUACUUUAGAAUUCACAUUAAUAAGUAUCAAAUGGUGGAAACUAUUACCUGCUUUUCUAGAAAACCAUUUCCUACCUCCAACUACAUCGCUUUGUUUGGACAGCAUGAGCAAGUCCUUAACAACCUGUGCUCUCGUCACAUGGAAGGUUUGAUAACGGAUCUUUAUAGCUUCUUCGAAGAACCUUGGUCCAUGGCCAUCUUUCAUGAUCGUUUUAUUGAUCUUAAGAAAGAACUCCGUCAAAUCCUAGCAUCCAAAGAGAAUGAAGAACUUCCUUCCAUGGAAAAUUUAGUUCUACAAAUAGUAGAUGAGGAAAUCAACCUGUUUGAAAAGCCGAAGAAAUACCUUCAAAAAUUCUUUGAAGAAACGAUCUAUAAAUCCGAGGUGGAAAAAAGCAUCCUUGAGUAUCUGCACUAUAAUAAAUACCAUCUGCCGAUGUAUGCAUGGCCAGGGAUUAUUUAGUUAAAGCCACAUUUUCAGUUUCAUUGGCCACAUCACUAU